CAACUCUCUUAUCCUUCUGAGACAGAAACUACUGGCUCGAUGACCUGUUUGGGCUAUUUCUGCAUGUAUACUCCAUCUUUUUGCAAGGCUUCUCUGUAGGUAAGAGCUUCUGAGCCCAGUCACAUCACUUCUCAGAGUGCUGAGUCUUUACAACUGAAGGUCCCUCUCCUCUGAGAUGGACAGUGUCACCUAGCAGUAUGCUUUCCCAGACGACAUGAACCAGGUCAAAAGUAACCGAGAACUGUACCUACAAUAUUCAGCCACAGCUCCCAAACUGCUGGCCCAAAUCUCCAAACUCUUCAUUGUCUGCCGCAACGCAGGCAUUUCCAUCCCAAAAGGCAUCAGGAAUAUCUUUGAAUUCACCUGGGAGGAACUCAUCAGUGACCCUGCAGUGCCUACUCCAUCCGAAAUUCAGGAUCUGGUGAUUUCCUUUGGAUCUCCUACAGUGGUGCUUGCAGAAGUGGUCCCAGUGCAGACCCCGCUGCAGAAGAAGCCACCCCCACCACCCCCACCACCCCCACCACCCCCAGUAAUCCUCACAGCUCCCACUGGGGCCAAGCACUCGGCCCCCACACCAGCCCCUCCUCGGCUGAAACCCAGUGGCCAAGAAACACUGCAAAAGUUUCAGCGGCAAUCCAUCCACCUAUUGACGGAGCUGCUUUCUCUGAAGAUGAAGGCCAUGGUGGAGUCUGCCUCUGGUGCUGAUCCUCUAGACAUCACCAAGCGCUUUGUGGAGGCCAGCCAGCUCCUUCAUCUCAAUGCCAAGGAGAUGGCCUUUGACUGCCUGACUGGCACUAUUGGAAAAAGCUGUUUGAGUGGAGCACAGCUAAGUAAAGAAUCAGUAAUGAACAUGUCUACCAUAGGAGUAAACACGCCUUACCAGCUUGUCUACCAGAGUUCCACUGGCUGUCUGAGCUUCUCCCUCUCCACGGGAAAGGAAGGCAAAAAGAAAGGCAAGGGAAAGCCUAUAGAGGAAAUCACAUCCCCAAUUGUCCGAGUCCGAACUCCUCCUGAAAGCGUUGUCGUUGAGAUCCAGGACCCCUGCCCUGAGGCUCGGGAAAAGCUGCAGGAUAUGUGUCGCCACAUAGAAACCGAAAGGAUCUUUUGGAAAGGGAAUACUGGCACCUACCCCAUGAUUUUACGCAACUACAGAGCAAAGGUAGCCUCUCAUUUAGUGUUGAACCAAAAGGCGGAUUCUCACCAUUCCACUCCGACUCAGGUUACUUCUUUCACUCCUUCCAGCCACCAUGCUCACACACACCGCCAUUCUCAGGAGUGGAGGGGGCACAAGAAGCCCAUCAAGCUGCAUUACGCUUUCUAUGAUGGCUCUUCCUUCAUUUACUAUCCCUCCGGAAACAUUGCCAUGCUUCAGAUUCCCACCUGCUGCAGAGGGAAACCAAUCACCUGCCUCUUUAAUGACAGUCCUAACACGUUUCUGGCUCUGUUUAACGCUGAAGGCCUGGGCUGUGUUUACUACAACAUAAAGAACAGUUGUCCAUAUGUCUUGGUUUUUGAUGAGGAAGGUGGGAUCACAAAUGACCAAAAGGGCUACAUAGUCCACAAGUGGAGCUGGUCUAACAAGACUGAGACAUUGCUCUCUCUGGAAUACAAGGUGAAUGAACAAAUGAAGCUAACAGUCUUGGGACAAGACUCCAUUACAGUCACCUUCACCUCCCUGAAUGAGACAGUAACUCUCAGUGUGUCGCCCAAAAGCUGUCCCCAUACUGUGGUACAUGACAAACGGCCAGUUCGCAGAAUCAGCUAUAUGGAUGAAAAGGUGGCAAAGAUAAACAGAGCCCUGGCUGAGAUCAAGAAGCGGUUUCAGAAGGCUGUGACUCAGUUUAUGAACUCUGUGUUGCUGGCAGCAGGCCUGUUCACCAUAGAAUAUCCUAUGAAGGAAGAUUUAGAAGCUAGUCGGGUCAAGUUGAAAUCUGUGUCUCAUUCUGAGCGGAACCAUAGGCAAAAUUCAUUCCAAGGGGAAACCCUUGUGCGAUCCCAGUCAAUCCAUCAAGACUCUGCUGUUGAAGACAUAUUGAAGGACGAUACUGUACUCACACCCUUGAUUCCUGUUCGAAAGAAGAGCAACAAAAUCCAGGCCAAAGCUUCACCAAGAGGGAAGCCUGGAGAGGUUCGCAGCCCCACUAGGUGGGCAGCCUCACCCUAUGACUGCCCACUGGUACUGCGGAGGCUCAUUAUAAAGGAAGACAUGCGAGCUGGCUGCAAGUGCAUUGUGAAGGCACCCCUGGUGUCCGACUUGGAGCUGGAGCGCUUCCUGGCUGCGCCCCGAGACCCCUACCAAGUACUGGUAUUCGGGAUAAUGUCGAGCCAGAAUCCCAACUCCACCGCAGAGCUGCGGUGGCUGCUAGACACAAUGUACAACCAUCGGCAACAGGGCCGAGCCUCACCCUGCAUGCAGUGCCGGCAUGACCCUUACCGCCUACUGCGGUAUGAUCUGGACAGCCCCCUGCAGCAGGAUCCGCCCAUAAUGGUGAAGAGGUUUGCUGUGGUAGACGGGAUGAUUUUGAUGUUUGCUGGAGGGAAACUCCUUUUUGGGGGCUGUGUCCUAAAUGGCUAUGGCUUUAGUAAGCACAAUCUGCUGAAACAGAUCUUCCGGGCUCGACAGGAUUGCAAGAUGGGCUACUUCCUGCCAGACAACUACAAAUUCAAUAUGUCUACCUAUAUGGCAAGCCUGGAAGAUGCUGAGUCAGCUAAAAGAGCCCCAUCUGAAGAUUUCGAAGGCAGUGUCUCUUCAUUGGCGCUUGGAGACAAAGUAGAAAAAGAACCUUCUCCACCCCCUGACAAGUUGAAACAGCCUGAAGUGGAACCACAGCCUUUACUCAAGAUCAGGAGGAGCAGUAAGAAAAGCAACAGCAGGAAGAAGACAGGUUCUAGGAAGUGAUGCUGGAAUUGCCAGCGAAGCCCUCCGCAUACCCAUCCCCUACCUCCCACCACCACCACCACCCUUUAAUAAAUGCACAUGCCUGUAGUGUCUGGGUGAGGAGGUGGUGGGUGGGACAGGCCCAGCUCUGACUCCAAGAAGGCCAGAAGCCCCCAUAGCUAGUUUCAG